AUGCUGAAAAUGAACAUUGAGGUUUUGGAGAAAUUGAUCACCGAUCACCGAGAAAACGAGCGCGCGAAGAAAACGACUACGACGUCCCGAACGAGUCCGUCCGUUUCUGGAUCUGUGGCUCAAGAACCGCAAGAGAUCACUGCUCGCGGCAUCAAUUUUAAAAAAGAGGAGAAGAAAGAGAAGAAGAAGAAGAAGAAGGAAAAGAGCCAGAGAAAGUUGAGGAGCACUGGGAGCGAGGGCGCUUUGACAGUCUCCGAAAGUGCGUACACGGCUGGACGUACUAGGAAAUCAAAGGUGAGAAAGGUCUAGAAGGUCUACUGACACUUUACGGUAAACUUUUCAGAAGCCCAUCGAGAAAGCUGUGGAUCAACCGGCUACCGAAGGAACGGAUAGGGUCCCAGAGGUAGGUAUCCACUCGCGAGUUUUUCAAUUCAAUUCUUUUAUUUUCCAGAAAAGUCCUCCCCAAUCGUCGGGCUGCGAGAGCAUUGCGACUGCCGAAAUGAACAUUCCGUCCGAAAGGGCUUAUCGAUAA